AUGGCUAUCCCCGAGCUGCUGGGGUCUGUGACCUCGAGCCAGCUGUGGAGCUUUGGCGCUCUCUUCCUAGUCCUGUCUUUCAUCGUCGACUUCGCCAGCCAUCCGCAGUAUCCUCGCCAGAUUCCUGUCAUGGGCAAGGGCCAUGGAGUGCUCAACGCCUUUCUCGACAGUUUUCGUUACAUUACAAGCUACGUAAGCUGGUUAAGGGAUGGCUACGCCAAAUUCGGCAAGAAGGGCAUGGCCUUCAUUGUGCGAGCGCCGCUGUCUCGCCCUUCAGAAGUCGUCAUCCCGCGCGACCAGCUCGCUUGGCUUUUCAACUUGCCUGACGAAAUCCUUUCAACUUACGACGCCCAUAACGCGAUUCUCUAUUCCCAGUACAAUUUUCUUGGCCGCCGCUUAGCAUACGAUCCGUUCCCCAAUCGUGUAAUGCACAAGUAUCUGGCGCGCCAUCUGUCCACCGUCAUCCCCAACGUCGACGACGAGAUUCAGCACGCUGUAGACACAGCACUUGGAAAGGACACGGACAACUGGAAGUCAAUCAAGCUAUGGAACCUCUGGCUCGAUAUCGUCCCGCACGUCACAAACAGGCUUCUUAUAGGACCCGAGGUUUGCCGCAACAAGCAAUUUCUUCAUGGCAUGAUCAACUUCACAAACGACGUUGUCCGGAACGGUCUCCUGCUAAGCCUACUCCCCAAGGUCCUCCACCCCAUAUUUGGACGACUCUUCAGCAUAUCCAACUACAUCCACUGGCGCUCAUCCAACACCCAGGCCCAGCCCGUUAUCCAGAGGCGCCUCAGCGCCAUGAUGAAGAAAGCCGCCGGUGAUGAAGAAUACAAAGACUACACGCCCCCUGAAGACUUCAUCACCUGGCUAAUCCGACAAGCCCUCCUCGACCAGAAGACUUUCGAGCUCGAUCCUAUCGUUAUUUCUCGCCGUCUCUUACCUAUUGAGUUCGCGGCAAUCCACACUACCGUCCUCACAGGCCAGCUCUGGAUGCAAGACCUCCUCACCUCCGACCCCGAAACCGGCAUCCUUGACAUCCUUCGCGCCGAAAUUACCGCCAACAAGCCCUCCUCCGGCCCUUGGACAAAGGCCGCCAUCUCCAAACUCGUCCGCCUCGACUCCUCCAUCCGCGAGUCUCAGAGAGUGAGCAACUUCGCCGCCACCUUGAUCGAACGGACAGUAGUGGCUCAGGACGGCCUGCACAACCCCGAUCUGGGCUGGACUCUUCCCAAGGGCAGCUUUGUCACCGUCAAUCUCGAGGGAACGCAUCACGACCCGGAUCUGUACGCCGAUCCCCAUUCGUAUGAUCCUCUCCGUUAUUCUCGACUAAGGGAAGCCUGGGAUGCGAAAUCGGACGAAGAGAAGAAGCGCGAUGCAGAGGAGGGGGCCAAGAUUCGAGGUCUUGGAAUGGUCACGACGAGCGCGCAGCACUUGGCCUUUGGCCACGGCAGACACGCAUGUCCCGGACGGUUUUUCGUCGCGCACGAACUGAAGCUCAUCAUGGCUCACAUCCUCCUCAACUACGACAUCAAGCUCGUUGGGAAGUUGCCCGAGAAGCAAUUCUUGGGUGGCACUUGCCUGCCUCCCUUGAAAGCAGAGAUUCAGGUGCGACGGAAGAAAGCGCAGGCGUGA